ACAUUAUCGCGUUGCCAACUAGUAGCAAGAAUGAAUGCAUGUGAUAAAGACCCAUUAAAAAACCAUUGUACCGUGAAAACGCGAUUAAAAGCGUGGCAACUCCUACACAGUUUUCUUGUUCUCUUUCACUUGACUGGUGCGGUGGUGUUGCGACUGCAGAAAAACAAUAAAUUUUGCCCAAAAAUCGCAAGUAAAGUGGCUAAAUUAUAGUUCAACCUUAAAUUUAAGAGCCCCGCUACGAAAUGUAUAUGAAAUUCGUGCAAAGUUUAGCAUUUAUGACGCCGUAGAUACGUUUGGAAAAUUUUUGCAUUCGCGACGUAUCUUUUGAUGAGGUGCGUUCAGUGUUGGCGCGUCGAAAAUUUUUGGUGGGAAAGGCCGUGUGGCGAAGGCUGAACAUUGGUGCCAUCCCGCUUGCUCUGUUUGUUAGUCCAAUUGGAAAUUGAGUGCACAAGGUGGAUGCAAGCAGCGGAAUAUGCCAAAAGACGGAAGGAUAAAUAAAUGUUUGAGAGAAAAACGAACCCCAAUGAAAUACAUCAAAGCUAAAUGCGCCGCUGAGGAAAAUCGAAGGGAUAUUUAGUUGAUGAGAGAGCCACUCUUCAACGCCUCGCAUCAGCAAAUUUAUUUAUUUUUAUAAUUUAUACACUAAAUUUCACUGUUAUGUGGUGCGCAGGUUAACCCUCAAUAAUUGAUUGUCUAAUCAUUGUUGGCUGCGGUGUAGUACGACGGGUGUGCGCUUGCAAUAAUCGUAACUAACCAGUAUGAAGGAGAUGGUCGGCGGAUGUUGUGUAUGUUCGGAUGAGCGUGGAUGGCCCGAAAAUCCGCUCGUCUAUUGUGAUGGUCAGAAUUGUACAGUGGCCGUGCAUCAAGCUUGUUAUGGUAUUGUAACUGUCCCGACGGGACCCUGGUUUUGUCGCAAAUGUGAAAGUCAAGAACGUUCAGCGCGUGUACGCUGUGAGCUUUGUCCGUCGCGCGAUGGCGCACUUAAAAAGACCGAUAAUCAGGGAUGGGCACACGUGGUGUGCGCACUCUACAUCCCAGAGGUGCGUUUCGGCAAUGUCACCACCAUGGAACCAAUUAUUUUGCAAUUGAUACCGCAGGAGCGUUAUGCAAAAACUUGUUAUAUUUGUCAAGAGUCAGGAAAACCGAAUCGUGCCACAGUUGGCGCUUGCAUGCAAUGCAAUAAAUCUAAUUGCAAACAGCAAUUUCAUGUGACUUGCGCACAGAGUUUAGGACUAUUGUGUGAGGAGGCAGGCAAUUACUUGGAUAAUGUGAAAUAUUGUGGCUACUGCCAACACCACUAUGGAAAAUUGAAAAAAGGUGGCAAUGUAAAAACUAUACCGCCAUAUAAACCCAUUACACACGACACUUCGUCUGACUCAAGUUUGUCACCGGAGAAGGAACUCGAUGCCGCCAUGAAUGCGACCGCUUCGUCCACCUCGGCGACUAGCAUCAAAAUAACCACUAAUAUGAAUGCUGCUUCCACAACGAAGCAGCGCAAGUCGUCUACCGCCUCAAAGCAAUCGAAUUCAUCAUUGUCAUCAUCAAGUGCGGCUGUAGCAGCCGGUUCAACCGGUGGUUUCUCCAGCAGCUUGCAUGUCAGCAAUCUCUCGAAUUCUAGCACUGCAUCUGGCAAUAUGGGCUUAGGCGGUGGCGGGGGAGGCGGCGGCGCUAAUUCCAGUAGUGUCACAAGUAGCGGCAAUAUGUCUGCUAGUAACUCCACGCUUACCGGUGGCAAUUCAAUGGGUGGCGGUGCGGGCGCCAGUUCCACAUCGAAUGUGAAGAGCUCCUCGAACAGUUCGAGCAGCUAUAAGGAAAAGGAUAAACAUAUUAAAAAUUUAAAUAAGAUAUCAAGUUCAGGUAAAGACAAGGAAAAAGAUGGCUCAUCGUCAUCAUCAUCAUCGCGUGACGCGCGUGAUAAGUCUUCGAAGUCGUCUAAAAAUAAGGAUUUCUCUAAUAACAGCAGUGGCGGAUCUGCUAACAGCUCAAGCGCAACAUCGGCUAGCACAGCGCUCAAUAUGAGCAGCUCAAUGCAUGAUAACCACGGCGGCCAUAGCAGCAAUAUGUCCGCUCAAAAUUCUGCGCAAAAUCUAACAACUUCAUCUGCAGGCAUGAGUAUGGGCAGCGGUGGCAAUUCGAAUAGCAACAGCAGCGGCGGCAAAGAGUCGUCUAAGUUGGGUAGUGCGUCUGGCGUAGUAAGCAGCAGUGGAUUUGGUGGCAGUGCCAGCAAUGCAGAUUCGCACGCCAGCGCCAUGGACAAUAGCAGUUUUGGCGGCUCGCACAUGGAUACAGCCACCAACUUGAGUACGAACUCUGGGAGCAGUGUUGGUGGUAGCAUGUCAAGCAUCGGUGGCGGCAAAAGCUCCGGCAGCUCGGUGGCUAAAAAACGCAAAGCUGAUUCUAAAUCAAAUACCAGCAUUUUGGAUGAAAUAAAUAAUCCAUUUAGAGAUAUGAUUAAAGAAGUCAGCGUAACGCUAACACCAUUAACGGAUUUUGAAAAGGAAAUUGAGAAGAGUGCGAAAAAGCAAAAAACUGAGCUGAGUCCACCCGCACAUCAAACACACAACACCGACGCGAAUAGUGGCGCGCAAAGCGGGAGCAACGGCAGUGGCGGUGCUAGCAAUAACAGCCUCAACUCCGCCUCAUCAGGUAUAACAUCCGCUUCAAUAUCCGCCUCAAUCGCCUCUUCAACGGCUGCAGCAACACUCUCCUCCUCCACCACCGCCUCGCACAAAUACGCGCUAUCAUCAUCAGAUGCUAAAAGUGCUGGCGCAACCAAUCUAAGCACCAGCAAUGUCAUCUCGUCCGCGCCGAGUGCGCACAAAUCCGGCUCCGGCAGUGGCGGCGGCGGCGGCAGCAACAGUAACAACAACAAUAACGGUGGCAAUGUAACCAACCAAAUGGGUAGCGGUGGCAACAGUUACACUAACGCCAAGGAACAACAUCAUCGCGAUGACCGUUAUACGUCACAAGCGCAAGCGAAUUGUGGGGCGAAUACUGCCGCCGCAGCCGCCAACGCAGCUAACGCGGCAGCCAAUGCGCCCAGCCUAUACGUAUCUGUGCCACUAUCCACCGCCAAUGUGCCUGGAAUCAAUUUACCAACAAAUAGCGUAGCGGGUGGUGCGACAGAUCACCAUGCGCCACCCUCGCAAUCAACGCGUGCCGCAGCGGCAGCAAUCAGCCAGCAGCAGCAGCAGCAACAACAUCAAGGCGGUGGUGCUACAUCGAUUUCCAUGAGCGGCAGCAUGUUAGGUGCGCAUGCGAAUGCCUCGUCAACGCCACUGGGUGGCGUCGGUAGCAUCGGCGGUGGUAGUGGCAGUGGUAGUGGACUGCUGGAGCGACAAUCACCACGGCAUCAUCAUCAACCGCCAGCGCUUUCCGAGCAUCAUAGCAAUAGUAAUAGUAGUUACUUUGCUAACUCGCCCGCUGGCAUGUCGGCCGCAACGCAUAGCAGCGUCAUACAUCAGAGCGGUAAAUCGCCAUCGGGUGGUAGCAUGAUGCUGAGUGCGACCAGCAAUCCCAAUUUGAUGGCCACUACAACGGAUACUGGCAGCCUGAAAAUUAGUUAUGAGAAGCAAACAACGCGUGUCAGUCAAUUGCAAGAGCAGGAAACAGCACCAGUGCGAAGGAGCAGGUCGCGCUCUGGUGAGAGUAGCAUGCAAGCCUUGCAACAACAACAACAACAACAACAUCAGCAACAACAACAUCAACAGCAGCAGAGUGCACAAUCGCAAAAUCAACAACAAACAUUAACGGCACAAAAGUCAAAUUCGCGCUCAGGCAAGAAACGUGCUGCCGCCGCAGCCGCUGCCGCUGCCGCUGCCGCCGCGGCCUUAGUGGGGGGAAAGAAUCGAGAUUCACCGGUCGAAAAAAUGUCGAAAUCAUCACCAUCGCCCAUACAGCAACAUUUUCGCGCCGAACUAGCUACACCGACGCCACCACCCACCGCACCCUCACCACUCUCGCUGCCGCCGCCCAGCACACCUACGCCUACGCCUACACCAACCCCAACACCCACGCCUACCCACACACCCUCACCAUCGCCGAUUGUCAUGUUACAUGGCAGCAGCAAUAGCAAUGCAUCCAAUACAGCGUCGCCAACAAGGCAAAAAGGAGGCGGAGGAGGAGGAGCCAACACCAGCGGAGGCGCUAAUGGCAGUGGUGGUAACGAAAAUAGCGGUGCAGGCAGCGGAAACAAUGGUAGCGGUAAUGCCAACAGCUCAUCGACGCCAACGAAUCUAUCACUGACUGGCGCUGCAUCUGAUCGAAUGCCUACGACAAGCUCUUCCUCGUCCAUCGGCCAUGAUGUCACAGAUGCCAGCAGCAAAGCUGGGGGUAAUAAUGGUGAUGCCGUUAACCUUAGCGCAAAUCAAGGUAGUACUGGUAGUGGUAGACGUGGCAGUAAUAAUGGUGGUUCGGGCGCUUCUAAUACUGCAGCAGAGGCGGGCAGCAGUGGGGGCACGUCUGGCAAGGUGGCCAGCGAUGCGCCAUUGGUCGCCACAAAUUUGAGCGGCAAACCUUUGAAUAAGAAAUUAUUGCGCGCACAGCAAACGCUCUAUCAGCAACAGUUGGCCGCACAACAGCAACAGCAACAACAGCAGCAGCAACAACAACAACAACAACAUCAAAAACGUUCGCCUGAACAUAAAAAUGGCGGCGGUAGAAAUACGAAUACAGCCGCUAGCGCCGUUGUAUCUUCCUCCACUUCCUCUGGCAAUGCGUCCACCUCUUCUUCCUCUAACAAAGCCAGAGAUUCGCCUGCUAAAGCUCUAUCUAAACAAACCAAUUCUAAUCACUUAACUUCCAAUCCUUCCUCUGCUUCUUCCCCAAACAACACUGCUUCUUCUGCUGCUUUUACUAACACAGUCACCAGCAACCAUAGCAACAAUAAUAAUAAUAAUAGCAAUAACAAUAAUAAUGGUAAUAGUAAUAGAAAUAGCAAUAGCGCCACUAACGCAACGCAACAGCAACAACAACAAUCACAGCAACAGCUUCAGUCGCAGUCGCAGCAGCAGCAACAACAGCAACAGCAGGCCAGCGUUGCUGCUGUUGGCGGCAGCAGUAGCAAUGAUAUCAUUGAAAUUGUGCAAUUAACCCCAUCCAACUCUUCUACUUCUUCUACGCUAACUCAUCAUCAUCAACACAACGCACCACAAUCAAAAACAUUGCAAUCAUCCCCUGCAAAUGCUGCUACCACACCAACAACUACUUCUUCUACCGGUGGUAUUCACCACAGAACGCCGGACAGCGGUAUAUUUUCCUCCUCGUCAUUUGCCGCGAACAGCAGUGCCAUCUCGAAUGCCUCCUCCAGCAGCAGCAGUAGUAGUGGUGGCGGUGGCCUUAAAUUCAGUUAUGAACCUCAAAUCUCCAGCAUUGGUACACCGCCCACCAUCGAUUCCACGGCUGCGCAUCUACUUACUGCCGUGACCACAGCAGCCGCGUCACUUAGUGCUGUGACAGGCAAUAUCACCACAACAACAACUUCGACCACGGUCAUCAAAGACUCGCCGCCCAGCUCGCCGGGCUCUGAAGUGAGUGCGGUCGCCACAGCGCUACGUAAGCGCGGCCGCAAAGCUAAGGAUCCGCUUGCAAAUGAGGCGAAAGUUGAUGUGAAAUUAUUUCAAAAUGGUGGACAUGUGAUUGGUGCCACACCCACAACUGCUGCUGUAACGUCAGCAGCAACCAAUGCAGCUUCAAGUGCGCCCAGCAGUGGUACAGCGUUGCACACAGCCGCUCAUAUGCUUGGCAAUCAACUGAAUCCGAAUAGCAAUGUGGCGCAGAAGCUCUCCGAUCAACUACACAUGGAAAUACAGGAUCACAGCAUCUACACUGCAGAUGUGGUAACACAGCAAUUUGUGGGAGUGCCCUUUCCCGGCAAGUCGACAGUGCGAAACUCUACAGCGCCGAAUGUAACUGGCAAUAAUACGGCUGGCACGAAUUCGGGCAGUGCAACAACUGCUGCAGCAGAAAUGUCGGGAGGCACAUCGUUGGCCUCGAUGUUUGGCAGCGGUGUGAAUGGAAAUAUGGCCAUACCGCAGAGUUUGGAGCAGUUGCUUGAACGUCAGUGGGAGCAAGGCUCACAGUUUCUGAUGGAGCAAGCGCAGCAUUUUGACAUCGCUUCCCUUCUAUCCUGCCUACAUCAACUGCAACGUGAAAAUGUUCGCCUAGAGGAGCAUGUGACCAGCCUAAUAGCACGACGAGAUCAUCUAUUGGCCGUUAACGCACGCCUCGCCGUGCCACUGAAAACCAAUACAACACAGAGCCAAGCCACGGUCGUAUCAUCGACAGCGGUGUCCACCAGCGUUGCUACUCUCUCAUCAACAGCAACAACGACGGCUACAGGCAUAGUAGCCAACACACCGACCUCCGCCAUAGCGGCUGCUUGCGCAGCAGCAGCAAUUGCGACAACAACGGCGGCGGUAAAUGCGCUAGGUGGCAACAACGUGGGCGCCGGCGGGAGUGCCAGUGGUGGCAAUGGUCCAGUUAAUGCCAACACGGCGUUAACAACUGUAGUAACAGCAGCUGCAACUUCGCUCGCCACCGCAGUGACCACAUCUCUCUCAGCAUUAACAGUGAAUGCGCGUCUACCCAAUACGACAACAACGGCAGUAACAAGCGUCGGCGGAGGUGCCACGAGACUAAACACAAGUGGAGCUGUUGGUGUACAGCAGCAACAUGCUUUGGAAAAUGGCAUUGAUUUUCGACAGACCAGCGCUGCUGCAGCAACAACAGCGGCACUCGGUGCUGCUGGCGGCGGUAGCGGUAGCAGUAGCAUUGGCCCCCCAUCCAUUGGUUUGAGGCACUCUACGGCGAGUUACGUAAAUGCCUCGUCAAUGGCUCCGAUUGCAACUAGCAUGGCUGGAAACGUGCCAGCCACAUCGCUAGCAGCGCUGCAUUCUAAUAUUCAUGAUGGCAUCAGCAAUAUGCACACGACGCCGGUAACAACUGGCGGCGCAACAACAACUGUUGUUGGUAUGUCUACAAUGACUGCAAAUAGACUCGCGCAACAACAGCAGCAGCAGCAGCACCAUCAGCAACACAUGCAAACAUUGCAACAACAGCAGCACCAACAUCACCAAAUGUCGCUGGCUGCUGCGCAACAACAACAACAACAGCAGCAACAACAACAUAUUGCACAAAGUGCUGCCGCUACUGCGGCCAUGCAUCAUCACCAACAACAACAGCAGCAGCAGCAGCAACAACAACAACAGCAACAGCCCGCUCAUACGCACUUGCACGCCGCUCACGCGAUGCAUCUGGCACACACGCACACACACCCGCACGUGCACACGCACGCCGCUCAUCCACAUCACGCACACCAAACGCAUCCAUCUGCGGCGGUUAACGUUAGCGCUAGCAUCGGUGUCGAGCCGCAUCCCCUAUCGGCGGUGCGCAUUGGCGGCGGCGGCGGCGGCGUCGGUAUCGGUGGCGGCAUUGGUAUGGUUGGCGCGCAUGCUGGCGGUAACAACAACAACAACCCGAAUAAUAGCAGCAACACCGCCGCAUCACGAGGUGGGUCAACAACCACAACCACAACAACAACAGCACAUGCCAUUAGUAUUGUUGGCGGUGGCAGUAGAGGUGUUAGUGGUGGUGAUGGUGUCGUUGGUGGAAUUGUUAGUGGUGGUAGUGGCGUUGGCAAUGCCACAUUACUCGCAUCGGAUAGCAGCCACCCUACGUCCUCCUCCGCGUAUACUGCUCACUCGAUCUAUACUCAUCAUAAGUCGCAGCUAAGACGCGACGAUAACCUAGUAAAGCCCAGCUGAAAAUCGACAGCAGCUUUAUUGGCAUUUCGCCCUAGCCGCCAG